AUGGAUAGAUGUGGUAAAGAAUACAAGGCGAGGCGGCCGCUGAAUAUUAUGAGAGUGAAGCCUUCCAAGUACGAGGGCUCGGCACCGAUACAUAGCAACAGAAGUUACUGGAGACAGGUGUUUAACGGAUUGACUUCAGACGACAAUAAGCCGUUGGAAGAGAAAGAUGUGAAAGUUUUAUCUGAAGUUCUGCCGAAGGAUGUCUGCCAGAAAGUUUGUUCGAUAUUGAACAUAACGACACAAGACGAGACUACGACACCAGCCGAGAAACGACCAGUUGACAAAACACGCAGAGUUGUAAAACAGCCGCUGCUGUCUCGCAGACAAACUAUCAAUGUACACAGAGAGUUGGACUCUGACACCGACGUGGAGUGUGGCUCAAGUAAUUAUUAUUUUAUUGAUAGUGAGGAAGAAGUCUCUGAGAAAAAUAUCCACAAGGAGUUUCUGAAGAAGCCAGAACGUGAACAGGUGACCUGGGAGACGAGGUACCUCCAGCCGGAGAGAGAUGAACAGAAGACACUCAUCAAGAAGGCCGAUGAUCUCACGGAUAGAAUUGUCCACGACUUCUGUGAUUACAUGAAGCAACUGGGCGGAGAUCAACAAUCCCAGCUGUUUACACCGAAAGCUGUGAAGGAACUCUUCACGAUCGAGUUUGACACUCACGUAGCUCGGAGCCUGAAGGUGGUGCCGAAGGAGAUGCCGACCGUGGAGGAGAGAAUAGCAGAGGUCACUGACAACCAGCAGAGAUCGCGCUUCGCAGCCCUCGGCCGUGAAAUAUCCAAGGACAUAAAAGCAGAGAAGCGUCCUAGUCAUCUUAAGGCGUUCAGUCGCAGCGUGCCUCACAAGGAACAGUGGAGAGCACCCGCCAACCACACCAGGGAAAUGUGGCGAUCAGCGAGACACGUGCCCCGGGAGCUAGUAACACUAAAGACAGUGUGGGAAGGAAUCACCAACCUACGAAGUGUGAAGGAGUACUGCCGUUGGAUGAUAGAACAUCCAGAGUACCGACGACCGGAGUAUCUGAACAGCCUGGGCAUGUUUGACCCCGGGGUGCUGGACGCCAGGCUGACCUUCGAGCUGCAGCAGGACAGGUCACCGCCCCCGUCACCCACAGACGUGCCAGCGCCUAUAACACAUUUACGAAAACGACUCUCCUUACUCGCGGAAACUACAUUUAUAAAACAAUAA